GGAGGGGUCUCUCCGCAGAUCAUGACAUUAGCACAGAUCACCCCUGCACCUGCUUCGCGCUUUCUGACAGAAAACUCAGCGUGAGCGAACCGAGGAUCUUACCGGGGUUACAGACCGCUGCGAUUCAAGCGGCGAAAGCGGACACAUCCACAGAAAGCGCGCCUUGUGCGCGUGAAUAAAGUGAAAGUGAGAAUGUCGUCAUCCACAGAGAUCGGCAGAUUAAUGUACUACUAGAAGCAAUGCCACUGUGUGACAGCAGGCCCAGUCAUGUGAUGUGAUUGGUGUACUUGGGAGGAGAAUAUCAUGCCAUUCUGCCCUCUCCAAGAGCCUUCUGGAGGUUUUCUCAGAUGGAGAUGAGGAAAUACGUCGCAUCUGCCUUGAAGAGAAUGAACCCUGAUCCUUUCACUUACCACUAAUUUACCUUCAUCCUCCCCGAGGAAUGAAGACAGUGAGCCGAGCCCCGGCUUCCAGCUGCAGUUCCACACUUGUCCAGAUGAGGCGCUACAGAGCAGGAGUUUAUCCCUUCCUGUUCCCAUCAGUCAUUAGCUCCCUGAACCUGCCUUCCCCAACGGGAACUCAAAACACCCCCAACAGCAGAGGAAGCUCAUCUCCUGUGGCCAUUGAGACUCAGAGCACCAGUUCAGAGGAAUUGGUCCCCAGUCCUCCAUCACCUCUACCCCCUCCUCGUGUCUACAAACCCUGCUUCGUCUGCCAGGACAAGUCCUCGGGGUACCACUAUGGUGUCAGUGCCUGUGAAGGCUGCAAGGGUUUUUUCCGCCGAAGUAUCCAGAAGAACAUGGUGUACACAUGCCACAGGGAGAAGAACUGCAUUAUCAACAAGGUGACUCGGAAUCGCUGUCAGUACUGCCGGCUGCAGAAGUGCUUCGCUGUGGGAAUGUCCAAAGAGUCUGUCCGGAAUGACAGGAAUAAGAAGAAAAAGGAGAUUCCAAAGCAGGAGUUGGCCGAGAGUUAUGAACUGACAGCAGAACAAGAGACCAUCAUUGAGAAGAUACGGAAAGCUCACCAAGAGACGUUUCCCUCACUUUGCCAACUGGGCAAGUACACCACGAACUCCAGUGCGGAUCAACGCAUUCGUCUGGAUCUGGGUCUCUGGGACAAGUUCAGUGAACUGGCCACUAAGUGCAUUAUUAAAAUCGUGGAGUUUGCCAAACGAGUUCCUGGUUUCACUGGACUCACUAUCGCUGAUCAGAUCACACUGCUUAAAGCCGCCUGCCUCGACAUAUUGAUACUGCGUAUCUGCACACGUUACACCCCCGACCAGGACACAAUGACGUUCUCUGACGGUCUCACGCUGAACCGCACACAGAUGCACAACGCUGGCUUCGGCCCGCUGACAGACCUGGUGUUCACCUUCGCCAACCAGCUCCUGCCCAUCGAGAUGGACGACACGGAGACGGGACUGCUGUCUGCUAUCUGCCUCAUCUCCGGAGAUCGUCAGGAUUUGGAAGAGCCUUCAAAAGUGGACCAGCUCCAGGAACCCCUGCUAGAGACUCUGAAAAUCUACGUGCGAAAGCGCAGACCCAGCAAGCCACACAUGUUCCCCAAGACCCUGAUGAAGAUCACAGACCUGCGCAGUAUCAGCGCUAAAGGUGCAGAGCGAGUGAUCUCUCUGAAGAUGGAGAUCCCUGGAUCAAUGCCUCCCCUCAUCCAGGAGAUGCUGGAGAACUCGGAGGGUCAGGACGGGCAGAGCUCCUCAGAGCGGAGCGGCUCGGGCAAAAACAGCAGCAGCUCCACGGAGCCCAAGGCCCCGGCCCCCUCCCCGGAGCCCACAGACCGGGCCACCUCCUCCAGCGAGGAGCCCUAGAGCCCAAGCGGCUCAUGAAACCUCAGACUGAAUGACUGGACCUCUCCAGUGAGCUGGAUUUCUUCUUUAAGGACAGACAAUGGCUGGUGUAUAAUCAAAACAGCUUGGAAGAAUCACACACACUCUGCAGUUUGUAUGUGUGUGUGUGUGUGUCCUAUAUGCCCACCUGUGACAGAUGUGAAGCUCCUCAGGUCUCCUGUAUUAUGGAUUUCUUCAUGUGCAUGAUAAGCUGUUACUUUUACUGAUUGAUUUCCACACUUUCUCUUUCAUUCAAGCUGAUGCAUUCAUUGUACAUAUCAUUGUAUGUUUCUAUGAUGCAUUUGUUGGUGCUUUUUACAUUGUCUAACAUGCUCAUUUAUAGAGGAGCUGAAGUCCUUUAAAAUACGCUUAUUUAGAAUGUUUUUGCAUAUAGGCUGUAUGGAACUCUAAUAUUUAACAUUGGUUUGUAUAUUUAAAGCUGUUUCCAUUCAGAUUUUUUUUUAAAUCAAUCUCUAUUUUCACUUCUCUUUUUAGGCUGUGGUGAUCAGCAAUCGAUUUUAGGUCUUCAUUCGGAAGAAGGCUUUGGUAAUUGACUUCAACCAUUCUCUGUCAUACUCACCCUCAUGUGGCUCUAAAACUGUAUGCUCAGUUGUC